CGCGUGCGGCGUUGAACUUGUAGGCUACGUGCGUCCCUCUCCAUGCCACGACUCGCUGUUUCGUUCCAUCUUGUGAAGCGGCGAAUCACUGACAGUAGGCCUACAAGGAGUUAUUCACCUUUGUCUUUUUAGUGUCUGUCUGCGACGAGACUACACCGAGGCUGUUCAGGCGCUCUGCCUGUAAACUAAGCGGGAUCUCGCGAGAGUGGUGGCGUGGCUGGCUGUGUGGUUGCAGUAGACAGAGGGAGAAGGCAGGCAGCAUCAUGGCGGACAGAGACAGUGGAAGUGAGCAGGGAGGAGCAGCCACGGGCCCGGGCGUCGGUUCCAUGCACCCAGUGACAGGAGGGGCGGGCUCGGCUUCCGGGCUGCAACACGAGACGCAAGAGCUGGCGUCGAAACGAGUUGACAUUCAAAAUAAACGUUUCUAUCUGGACGUGAAGCAGAACGCAAAAGGCCGCUUCUUAAAGAUAGCUGAAGUCGGGGCCGGGGGAAACAAGAGCCGCCUCACUCUCUCCAUGUCAGUGGCAGUCGAGUUCCGUGACUACUUAGGGGACUUCAUCGAACAUUAUGCCCAAUUAGGUCCUAGCAAUCCGGACAUCGCACAGGAUGAGCCGAGGCGAGCACUUAAAAGCGAAUUCUUGGUCCGGGAGAAUCGGAAGUACUACAUGGAUCUGAAAGAGAACCAGAGAGGCCGGUUUCUGAGGAUUCGACAGACCGUGAACCGGGGGCCCGGUUUGGGAUCCACGCAAGGCCAGACAAUUGCUCUGCCUGCACAGGGACUUAUUGAGUUUCGUGACGCUUUGGCAAAACUCAUUGACGACUACGGAGUAGAUGACGAACCUGCCGAGUUGCCAGAGGGGACCUCCUUGACAGUGGACAACAAACGCUUUUUCUUCGACGUGGGCUCCAAUAAGUACGGAGUGUUCAUGAGGAUAAGCGAGGUGAAGCCAACAUACCGCAACUCUAUCACGGUGCCCUACAAAGUGUGGUCCAAAUUUGGAAAUACGUUCUGUAAAUACGCGGAGGAGAUGAAGAAGAUCCAGGAGAAACAGCGGGAGAAAAGGGCAUGUGAAAUGCAGCAACAAGAGGAGAUGCAUGCUGAUGAUGCAGACGAGGAUUGAUAUAUAGAGCAUAAACAUGCAAGAAAAUAAUCGAAAUAACAAAAAGAGAAAUUAUAAUAACUUUACUGUAAAAAGAAAGAAAUCUAAAGAUUUAACUGUAACUGUUUAACUCCAAGGGAGCACCACCCACAAAAAAAUAAACCUCCACAAACUGACAGUUAUGACAUGUUGUCACCCAUCGCUGGAUGUUACCCACUUUACCCACCAUUAAUACAGUAAGCGGCUGCUAAACAAAGUAAUAACAUUAUAUAUGAACCGUGUUUCCUACUUGAUGAUAAAGAACUGAGUGUUUAUUUCUCUUAUUAACCAAUAACUUUUGUACACGUUAAAGAUAUUAUUAGUGUUUGCAAUGUUCAAAUGGAAUUAUUGCCGAGUUAUGAGAAACAAGUCCUUUUCAUUUGACUUCAGCACAAAAUCAGAUAUUUUAGUUUUUUUUAACCAAAAUGUAAAACCUUUUUAAGAGGUUGACAUAGUGUAGGUCUACUUGCCACCCUAUUUACUUGUACCUGUGAGUAGAGAUUUGUUUACACAUAAAUCAUAUGAGGGCUAGGCCUGCUUUGGAAUUUAGUUUAGAUGUCAUGCAGUCUGCCUAUGUACUUUUUUCAAUGUCACGCAACGAAAUAAGUGCUCUCUCUCUCUCUCUCGUGCAAUAUGCAUUGAACUCGGAACACAUUGAACUGGUCAAUGGAACUCGACAUGAAAACUUUCAAAAGGAAUAUUUACUGUUGUAACUUUUGUUUCAAUUGAAAGUCUCGUCAUGCAGAUAGUCUAUAGUAUAACGAUCUUUGUGUCUCGUCAUGCAGAUAGUCUAUAGUAUAACUAUCUUUGUGUCUCGUCAUGCAGAUAGUCUAUAGUAUAACGAUCUUUGUGUCUCGUCAUGCAGAUAGUCUAUAGUAUAACGAUCUUUGUGUCUCGUCAUGCAGAUCGUCUAUAGUAUAACGAUCUUUGUGUCUCGUCAUGCAGAUAGUCUAUAGUAUAACUAUCUUUGUGUCUCGUCAUGCAGAUAGUCUAUAGUAUAACUAUCUUUGUGUCUCGUCAUGCAGAUAGUCUAUAGUAUAACGAUCUUUGUGUCUCGUCAUGCAGAUAGUCUAUAGUAUAACUAUCUUUGUGUCUCGUCAUGCAGAUAGUCUAUAGUAUAACUAUCUUUGUGUCUCGUCAUGCAGAUAGUCUAUAGUAUAACUAUCUUUGUGUCUCGUCAUGCAGAUAGUCUAUAGUAUAACUAUCUUUGUGUCUCGUCAUGCAGAUCGUCUAUAGUAUAAAGAUCUUUGUGUCUCGUCAUGCAGAUAUACUAUAGUAUAACGAUCUUUGUGUCUCGUCAUGCAGAUAUACUAUAGUAUAACGAUCUUUGUGUCUCGUCAUGCAGAUAUACUAUAGUAUAACGAUCUUUGUGUCUCGUCAUGCAGAUAUACUAUAGUAUAACGAUCUUUGUGUCUCGUCAUGCAGAUAUACUAUAGUAUAACGAUCUUUGUGUCUCGUCAUGCAGAUCGUCUAUAGUAUAACGAUCUUUGUGUCUCGUCAUGCAGAUCGUCUAUAGUAUAACGAUCUUUGUCUCGUCAUGCAGAUCGUCUAUAGUAUAACGAUCUUUGUGUCUCGUCAUGCAGAUAGUCUAUAGUAUAACGAUCUUUGUGUCUCGUCAUGCAGAUCGUCUAUAGUAUAACGAUCUUUGUGUCUCGUCAUGCAGAUCGUUAUACUAUAGACUAUCUUUGUGUCUCGUCAUGCAGAUCGUUAUACUAUAGACUAUCUUUGUGUCUCGUCAUGCAGAUCGUCUAUAGUAUAACGAUCUUUGUGUCUCGUCAUGCAGAUCGUUAUACUAUAGACUAUCUUUGUGUCUCGUCAUGCAGAUCGUUAUACUAUAGACUAUCUUUGUGUCUCGUCAUGCAGAUCGUUAUACUAUAGACUAUCUUUGUCUCGUCAUGCAAUGUUUUUUUUUUUUUAAAGGUACGGUCUUAGAUUAAGGAAGUGCAGUGACAACAUGCAGCAAAUGACAUGAGAAGUGGUUGAGAACAGCAUAUUUGUCAUAUAGACCACUCAACCCUGCUAGCACCACCUAAUUGGCAUCAUGGUCUAUUGAUAGUGCUGAUAAAAAUAAAAAAAAGUCAAGCAUGGUUUUGAGAAUCUGAAAUGUAUGUCAACAUCAGCGCUUAUGAAUAAGAGGUUUUCUGUUGGGCAAUUUGACACACAAAGGACCAGCAAAUAUCAGCCAACCAAUAAGAUGCCAAUGUACCAAUGAGUGCUGUUGCUGCAUGUUUACCUGUACAAAGCCUGAUAUUGGUUUUCACACAUUGUGGCUCAAGGACACCUCUCCAAGCAGCUUGUCAUCCCUGUAAAUGCUCAACUGAUCUUCAGAUUGAAUAGCUGUUGUUUCCAAAGAAGCUGGAAACAACAGAUCAUGUCAGAUUUGUCCCAGUAUUUAGUGAAAAGAUGGCCUGGCAUAUUGGAUGGAAUAUGAAGCAGCAGGCCUAACUGUCCUUGAGCCCCUCUGGUUAAAGCCACUGGUGUAAAUGGUACAUGGAUGGGAGAGUCCUCGGCAUAUAAACAACCUGGUGCCUUAAACACUCCGCAUGAUUACAUGUUGGCCUGAUGCUUUGGAUCACAGUUUGGGGUUUUAGUUUUUUUCCCAUAUUGCUUUUCCGUGUGCCGCAGCACAACUUGUGGUGCCAAGGGGUUCUUUAAGGACCCAUCCGGAAGGAAAAGGGGCAGAUUACAAAGCUUUUUCUGCCACCUUUCCCCCUUUCCCAAUCUCACUCUCAUCCCCAAGCCAUCCAGGUAUCGGCCUACAUGUAAAUGUGGAAGGGGGUGGUCACCUAGAAGACAAUGCAUAGGAGGCUGCUCUUCACAGGCCCAGCCUGGCGAGGUGGAGCAGAGAGCAGUUGCUGACUGGUAACAUCACUGUGGACUGGAUUGAGGCUUGUUGGAGGCCCCCUUGUGACGCUCUCUGUGUGUAGUUCUAUGGCUUUGGCAGUAAUGUGUCAUUUGUAAGUUGCUAAAGACCUCAAUUAGGGGGAGUAGUAAGCAUGUCGUAUUUUGUUUUAGUUUUUAGUUUUUUAGUUUCAACUUUUCAGCGUUAUUCCACAUCGUUUGUCAUUUUGAAUGUUUGUUUUUUUGCUCACAAAGGAUAUUUUCUUUUCAGUGCAACAUUUCAUUACUGUGUGCAAUAUCCUAUGUGCCGAUUCAUGGCAAUAUGUAUAUCAAUUAAAUAUAUGAUUAAUAUUUGAACGCAUGUGGCUGAAUUCCAUGUUUAUUUCUCUUCAAGGUUUUAAAUGCCUUUAUCUGCACUUAAACAGAAGUCCAACCAGGGAGACAAAGUCAAUCUAACAAAGCAAGCUUCAUCCUUCCUGAUGAGGACACACCCAACACCCUAACAUUCACAAUAACUAACAUGCUGAGGAUUAGUGUCGUCUGUUCCCUAGGCCUCUAUUACCUCUCCCUAUGGCUUGGGAAGUCUGUCUCCUAGGCCUCUAUUACCUCUCCCUAUGGCUUGGGAAGUCUGUCUCCUAGGCCUCUAUUAUCUCUCCCUAUGGCUUGGGAAGUCUGUCUCCUAGGCCUCUAUUACCUCUCCCUAUGGCUUGGGAAGUCUGUCUCCUAGGCCUCUAUUACCUCUCCCUAUGGCUUGGGAAGUCUGUCUCCUAGGCCUCUAUUAUCUCUCCCUAUGGCUUGGGAAGUCUGUCUCCUUGGCCUCUAUUACCUCUCUAUGGCUUGGGAAGUCUGUCUCCUAGGCCUCUUACCUCUCCCUAUGGCUUGGGAAGUCUGUCUCCUAGGCCUCUAUUACCUCUCCCUAUGGCUUGGGAAGUCUGUCUCCUAGGCCUCUAUUACCUCUCCCUAUGGCUUGGGAAGUCUGUCUCCUAGGCCUCUAUUAUCUCUCCCUAUGGCUUGGGAAGUCUGUCUCCUAGGCCUCUAUUAUCUCUCCCUAUGGCUUGGGAAGAGUAAAGGGAUUGGAUGAUUGUAGGGAAUGAAAAUAUGUUGAGUUUUGCUGCAAAGGAAAAGCAGGUUACAGCCUUGUUUCUUUAUUUGGUACGAUAUUUAUGAAGGUGUAUGUUGUUCUCCUUCCUGUCUUCAGUGGUUGAUGUUUGUAGCAUAUUGCUUUCCCAGGUGGAUGAAAUGUCAGACCAAUAUUAGUUUGAAAUGAUCUCAACAAGGAAUGUAUUUUUUCUCUCUUAUGUUGCGACCCUUUACAAAGAGGAUAAUGGAUUAACUCAUUCGGUGUUGAUGCAUCUAAUAUAAUUUAUGUGCAUUUUACAAAUUGUAAAAAAAAUAAAUGUAAUUUACCCACA